AUGCUUCUCAUUGCUCUGUUAUGUUGCUGUCUACACCUUCUUUCAGUGCUCUCACUGCUUGCAAAAUUUCAGCCAACUCUACGUGCCUCAGUAUUGGCUUACGGAAAGCUCUCUGAAACAGCUGAUCGCCCCACAUCUAAGUUAUCCUUGUGGAUCUCUCAACAGACUGUUCCCAAGGCGUGGUUUUCACAUUUUUAUUGGAUAGGGUUUUUCUUAUGUCUCAUCACCCUUCACAUCGGUCGACGACUGUACGAAGUCAACCUAGUUCAACGGCCGUCCAGACAAGCGAGAAUGAAUAUUUCCCACUAUUUUAUCGGCAUUGGAUUUUACGGAUCCAUGGUCUUCGCUGCUUGGCUAGAAGGAGCUGCCAAUUUAGGGGUUUGGGAAUCGUCACCUCAACCAACCGCCCUCUUGGAUACUCGCCAGCUUCUUCGUCCACAUGUCAUCCUCGCUAUUGUCUUAUUUGCCUACGCUUCAUGGCAUCAAUACGUCUGCCAUCGUAUUCUGGCUAAUAUUCGCAUGAAAGCUCGUCCUUCAACGUCUGCGGCUUCAUCAAGCAUAUACCAAAUACCACGUGGAGACUGGUUCGAAAAAGUCGUUUGUCCCCAUUAUUUGGCGGAUAUUUUAAUUUAUGUUUCAUUGUGCAUUCUCAAUCGACUGCAAAAUCUAACACUCAUGGCUGGUCUGCUAUGGACCAUCAUCAAUUUAUCUGUCACCGCAGGUGAAACCGAGCGAUGGUACAAAAAAUCUUUUGGCUCGAAAUACGCGAAUACAUUCGUACGUGGCCGCUGGAUCGUUCUCCCCGGUAUCUACUGA